AAUGGUGGAACAUGUACAGAUGGGUUGAACUCGUAUGCGUGUACAUGCGCUCUAGGUUAUACUGGAAUGAACUGCUCAAUAGAUAUUGACGACUGCAAACCUAAGCCCUGUUUGAAUGGUGGAACAUGUACAGAUGGGUUGAACUCGUAUGCGUGUACAUGUGCUCUAGGUUAUACUGGAAUGAACUGCUCAACGGUUUCAGAAAUCUACGAGUGUGCCAGUCGUCCAUGUCUGAACGGUGCUACCUGCAAUGACUUGUUGAACAUGUAUACUUGCACUUGUGUACCGGGCUACAUUGGAAGCACUUGUGAGACAGAACUAGGGCCAAUCCAAGCACUAUCUUCACCGACAAGUCUCACGAUAAACGCUUUUGAACGUGCCGAGAUGAUGUGUAGCUUUGAGAAUGCGAUUCGGUUUGAAUGGCAGAAGGAUAACGUAACGAUCCCUGGAACUGAAAACCAGCGUGUAUACACCAUCGAAUCAGUGACCCCUGCACAUAUCGGAUACUACCGCUGUCAAGGUGAAGGCAGGAAUCAGAAUGGUGCUAGUACCGUGGUUUUUACUGAUCAGGCUGCUGUUUACAUCAAAGAUUUAUCUAACAUAAUAAUCGAUAAUGUCAGAUUUAAUAUCAACGUCACUUCAUCCGGGAAUCUGUCAGACAUUACAUCUCAAUAUUACCAGGAUGCUGCGGAAAUGAUCACAAAUUACGUUCAAACGGGCAUGGUGGAGACAGGUAAUUUUGAGGGAAAUCCGUUGUACGUGGUACCCUCCAACCUUCGCGAGGGAAGCAUCAUUGCUAACCUAAAUAUGUACGUCGUAGACAACGAGACGUCUUCUUUCCGGAUUCAACAAAGUGUCGAAGAAUCCUUCCUCGUCUUGUCGUCCCGGCCGGACGGAAUACUUGACGCAUCUACCGUCAGGGUCAUCAGUACCUCAAUCUGUCCCAAUUUUACUUGGGUGUCAAGAUUCGGUGAGGCUCACUUCGCAGAGGGAGAAUUGAAUUUACGGUAUAAUUCAACAGGACGAUAUUGUCCCUUCAAUACAACUAAUGCGCACCAGUCUGUUGCUACAGCCCUGUGUGUUGGAGACAGGAUUAGCAGAGCCGUAUGGGUCCCUGGAAAUAACUGUGGCAAUGUCAGGAAUGUAACAGAGCUGUUAAAAGAAAUUGAUAAUGUUGAGAUCACGCAGGAAACGGUUGAGGACAUUACAGAUCAAGUUGCGAUCAUUACAACAAAUACUGGAGAAAUCACCGCCUCGGAUGUCACUCUAGUUUCAAACAUUGCCACAGUAGUAGCAGCUCAAAACAACAGUGGAACAGAGUUUACUGCUACGGUGGCGAGCAUUGUCAGCAACAUUGCCUCGGUUGACAUGACCGAGCUCCAGCAGGCAGAAGAAACCACCAAUGCGAUCUCAAACAUCCUCAUGGCCUACGAGACGCAGCUCAACAACGUCCAGGUUGCAGAAGGAGAACCGUUCGAUGCAGCGGAGCAAAACAUAGCCGUUCAGGUUCGGAGUGUACCCUCAGAAGAGCUCAAUCAGGGGCUGGUCCUUUCCCUCUCCGGGGAUAGUUCGAAAGACUUCUCUGGUUCCAACAUUACCGUCAGAGCAGGAGGGGAUACCCCUUCGGAAGGAACAAGUGUCGGACUUAUAGCUGAGGUAAGCGUUCCUCCUAAAAUCGCUGACAUCGUUUUAGGAGCUUCAUCAGGCAACGUUAACAACACGAAUAUCAACAUCAUCAUGAGUGUCUUCUCCACACCUGUUCUGUUCUUCUCACCGUCGCUUCUUAACUUCAGCAAUGAGAACCCAGGUGUCAAUCGGACCGCAAACACACCUGUCAUUCUAUUGAGUGUAGGUGGGGUGGUCGUUGCAGACCUAGACCAAGCGAUUAACCUGACUUUUACUGCUUUGGUGCCUGAUUACGAGAAUCAGAUGUGUGUCUUCUGGGACGAGGAUGAUUUAGAUUGGUCAACUGAGGGAUGUUUUUUUGUUGCCCCGAGGCCUGUCCCUUCAGUGCUGUCUGGUGUUUCAGCCAGAGCUUCUGAAGGCAACAACUCUGACAACAUUCUAGAGGACUCGGAGACCAUGGAGAUGUACACGUGUGCGUGUUAUCACCUGACCAACUUUGCAAUUAUAAUGGAUAUCCACGAUGUUACUACCGAGUAUACCUACAACAUCCUAAGCUACAUAGGGUGUGCAAUCUCUGCUGUAUGUCUACUGAUCGCACUUGGGACAUAUCUGUGGAAUAAAAAGCUACGGAGCCGCCAGACAAACAAGAUUUUUAUCUGCCUGUGUGCCACCAUGCUGGGCCUGUACACCUCGUUCCUCGCCUUGCUUGUCUUGGACACUACUCGAGGAGAUACGGAGGUGAACUCAGUAGCGUGCGGGUUUCUGGCCGGCCUCAUUCAAUUCUUCGUACUUUCCUCCAUUGCGUGGAUGGGAGUGGAAGGCAUCAAUACUUACCUGGUCAUCGUACAAAUAUUCAAUACAUACAUACCAAACUUCAUGGUUAAGGCCGGUCUUGCAGCCUGGGGUAUCCCUGUAAUCAUCGUUAUCCUGACUGGUGGUAUUGCAAACACGAACUAUGCCAGGGAAGAUGUCUGCUUCCUUCGCCUCUGGUCUCAAGUCGGCGGCCUUCUGAUACCUGUAGCCGUCGUCCUGAUCACCAACAUGGUCAUCUUUAUUUUGGUCAUCCGACAGCUAUCGAAAUCGGCUCAGAUAGCCGGGAAAAUAAAGAAAGACAAAGAUGGAAGGCGCGAAGAGAUGAUUGAACGCGUCAAGAAUGCAGUGACAAUCCUGGUAUUGAUGGGGCUGACUUGGACUACUGGAUAUCUUCUACUUAUCGAAGCCUUUACUCUGGUUGUCCAGGCCCUAUUCAUCAUGUUCAACUCCUUCCAAGGUCUCUUCAUCUUCAUCCUCUACUGUGUGCGAAAGCCUCUAAUCCGUCAGCAAUGGGGUUUGACCUGCUCCUGGUGCGAUGGAGAAAGUACGCAGAGUGGUGGAAGACGAGUCUCAUCAGCUUCUGAUAGCCUGACUACCAUCUCUAAGUUCUUCAGCAGCAAACGUGUGAAGAAGUACAGCGUUGGCGAGGAGAGUCUAACUGGAGUUUCAAAUGGCGCAGACUCUUCACUGUCAGCGUCAGUCUCCAAUCCCGCAUAUCAUGGCCUCGACUUUGGCACUUCCACUGAACACUCUGACGAAAGCAAAAUCUAAUCUCAUUGGAUCAAUAACAAUCUCUGCUAAGCUCCAUUAUCUCUAACAAAAUUCCUAUAACUUUACUUUUGGUUUGUAAAAAUAGGCCCAAGUUUUCUUGGUAUGUUUUCAAGUCUUAAUUAUUGUCGACAAUUAAAGCACUAUUAUCUCUAAUGAAAUAAUUUAUAUAAACUUCAACUUUUAGUGGAUGAAAGCUUGCCGACUAAAUGUCAAGAUUGGUAGAAGCUUAAAAUAUAUGUUACAAUAACCACAACUAAUGAAAGUUUUUUUGUAUCACUUAAGUUUGUAAUAUAUUUUCCAUGGGUCUGUUGGUCCUUCUUCUUUUGUAAUUGUUGUCGGCAAUUAAGGCACUAUUAUCCAUAACAGGAUUCCUUACCUUCUGCUUUUAAUAUGUAAUAUAGGCUCUUCAGGUCUCUUACACUUCGGCAAUGAAAGCACUUUACCCCUACAGGCUAAGGAAAUAUCUUAAAUUAUACUUUAUUUUGUAAUAAACAGGUCGUUUGGUGUAUCCUUUUUUUUGCUUUGAUGUCAGCAUAGUCAGCACUCUUUCAAGACAUGUUAUAUAAAUAAAUGAUUGUAAAUGUAAAGAAAUCAACUGAAUUACAAUGAAAAUUUUUGUCUAAAUGUAAAUAGAGCAAGUUUAAAAAAAGAAAGAGAUCUGAUUUAUAGCACACUGGUGAAUCCUCGAGACUUUUAGUUAUUAUUAAGGAUUUCUUAUCUAGUAGUCGUUUUUUUCUUUAAAAUCUGCCUUUAAAACUAGUUCACAAAAACACACGAUCGUACAUGUUUACCGCUGUCCAUACUCAAAUAAAUGAAUGAGUUACUAUAUAAUGUAUGACGAAUCUUUCGUCAACAUCGAUAUUUAAAGGUAAAGACCA